AUGGACGAUGAGGAGGCGGGUUCACUGGCUCCUCCGACCAGAGCCAGACAUAUUGGGAAGAGAGCUCUUAAGAACAAAAACGUCACUGUCUCUUUCGACGAGAAAGGUCUCAGGGAUUUUGUGACUGGUUUUCACAAGAGGAAGAAGAAGAGGAGAAAGGAAGCUGAAAAGCAACAGGAUGAAGCUAUGAGGCGGAAGCGAAUCGAGGCCCGUAAGAAGAGGAAAUUGGAAGAGCAAAUGGCCGCGGGUCAUGGUGAGGAAAUUGAAGAUGGAGAAGAAGCUGAUGAGGAGGAUGAAGAGAAUGAAGAAGAAGCAGAGCCUGAUGCUUCAACUUCUGGCACGACAAUGUAUGAUACGGGUGAGCUGACAGUAACCGUGACAACAAGUGAGAUAUCUCGUGAAGAGGAUGAGCCUAUUCGCAGGGAGAGAACUGAUUCAGCAGAACCGGGUUCGACGGCCAAAGCCGCCACAAAACAGCCUGUGCCUGUGAGGAAAACCAAACCCAUGAAGCCAAACCGAAAAUUCAAGUCAAGCACGAAAACUAUGAAGAAAAGGGAUAAGAGGAAAAAAGCAAGAGGGAUCAAGAGUUCACGUUAG